AUGGUUGCUGUUUCACGUUCUCAAGGCUCACCCUCAAUAAUCAGUGGGGCAAUAGGAAGAAGAUCUAAAGUGUGGGAUUAUUUCAAACAAGUUAUUGUAAAUGGUGUUGCUAAAGCUGAAUGUCUCGAUGAUUCUUGUAAAAUGCAAUUGUUAACACCAAAUAUGUCAACAAGUUCAUUAAGAAGACAUUUACAUAAUGUUCACAAUUUGAAUGAAUUUAAAUCAACAACCAACAAUGUGCUGAAAAAUCAAAGAAAGAAAUUACCUGUUCAUGUCAAAAAGCAGCUGGAUCAACUGAUAAUUGAAGCAGUGGUACGAGAUGCACGUUGUUUCACGGACUUCGACAAGCCAGGAUUGAAGAAAUUUCUACAAUUUGCACUUCCGGAAUAUAAACCACCACACAGACAUACAAUACAACGUAACAUAAAACGACUGCAUGUGGUUUAUUUCAAAUCAAUGAUUGAUAGUUUGUCUAACAUUUCAUAUAUUGCUAUUACUACAGAUUUUUGGAGUGACAAAAAACAAAACUCCUACUUGGUUUUAACUGGACAUUACGUUGACGAUCAAUUUAUUCAAAAAACAACAGUUCUUAAAUUUUCCACAUUUUCAAAACGUCAUUACUCACCAGUUAUUGGUCGUGAAAUAGAAAAACAGUUAACAGAACUUGGCAUUUUCGAUAAAGUUACUACCAUAACGUGCGACGGUGCGCCGAAUAUGGUUGGUUUAUUUGAUUAUCUAAGUCGAACAGAUAUAGAUCGUAUACAGUGUAUGGCUCAUAAAAUUCAUUUAAUAAUUUGCAAUGGAUUGGGAAUUUGGUUAAAACAAGUAACUGUUAUUCAAGAAAAUAGUACAAAUAUCGUCGAUAUUGAUGAACAUUUAAGUCAAACAGUUCGAACAAUCAAAAUUCAUGAAGAUAUUGAAGAUGAACAAGAAAACAAUGCUGAUGAUCAAGAACAAGAAAGUAGUGAAGAAUUCAAUCAAGAUGAUAAUGAAUCAGGAUCGACAACAAAGGAUAACUCAAAAAAUGAUAGUCAAGGAGAUGAAGAUGAUUCUGAAGACGACGAGGAUGAUGAUGAAGAAGAAAGUGAUCUUGAAGAUAAUUUUCAACAUGGUGUUAACACAGAGGAUGAUGAUGAUAUAUUACCAAUUGAAAUCGAUCGAAAAGUUGGUGAUUUUUUAUUUUUAUGCAGAGGUUUGUCCAUGUUAAAAACAACGGAAAUUACAUCGAUUGAGCGUGAGCUUAAACAAAUAGUUAUUGAUAAUAAUAUACAAAAAUUAUAUACUCAUCAUGUAACGUCAACAUCAAAUACAAAAGCAGGAACAACAGAUUCUUCAUCAGGAACAAUUACUAAACGUUUAUCAAAAAAAUCAACAAUCGAUGAUUUUUUGGAAUCGAUUACUGAUCCUGUUGAUCAGAGCUCACGGUCCACAAAAUCAACAACAACUACUGGUUUAUUAAUCGAAGAAUUUCGUAAUUAUAAACUUUUUGCUGCUCGAUAUGUUUUGGAUGGUGAAAGUGAUUCACUUCUGUUCUGGCGAACGAAUCAAAACUUUUUACCAUUAUUAUCUGCUCUAGCCAAAAAAUAUUUAGCUUCACCCGCUUCAAGUGUUGCAUCUGAAGCUGCCUUUAGUGUUUCUGCUAAUUACGGACGAAAACAAAGAGCACGACUUCUACCAGAAAAUCUGGCAUUAUCUGUUUAUUUACAUGAUAAAUUCGAUGACAUUUAA